UUUGGCUAUCACUUCUGUCACGUUUUGAAAUGGAAAAGGGUAAUCUUUUGCCGGAAUUUCACGAGAAAAGAGUACAUAAUAAAAAACAAUGCAAAAAGAGGAAAUUAAGAAGUAAAGAUCACGAAAAGGUAAAGAAAACAAAAUUACAAAAAUCUGCAGAGUUGGGGGAGGAAUUCUUGGAGAAAACUGAAGAAUCACUGUCAGAGGAUAAUAUACAAAGUGGAACAAACGGGACAGACAGUGAGGAAGAAGAGGCAGAUGAGUUUGCUGCAAUCAAGAAAGAGCUGUCAAGCUUGUCCUUUGAAGAAUUGAAGAAAUUAAAGGAAAAAUUAGGACUCAAAGUAUUUAAUCGAGUUUUACAUGGAGACAGGGGUGGAGAAACAACUGAAAAGAAGGUGUUUAAAAGAGCAAACAAAAAUAGACCAAUGGAAAUCACAUCAAAGAGACCUGUUCCACGGUUUAAGACCACAGUUCCUGUAAAGAAAAAGGUUACAAGAGACCCAAGAUUUGACGAUCUCUCUGGCCAGUUUAAUGAAGAACUCUUCAGUAGAAGUUAUGGAUUUCUCGAUGAUAUUAAACACAGAGAAAGAGAGAAAGUUCAGAAAGCACUUGGAAAAGAAAAGGAUCCUGACAAGAAAAAAGAACUACAGUUCUUGUUAAACAGAAUGAAACAACAAGAGCUCACAGCCAGCAGAAAAGAUCAACAGAAAACAAUAGAAAAAGACUGGAAAAAGAAAGAACAGACUCGAGUCAAGGCAGGCAAAACCCCAUUCUACCUGAAGAAGUCUGAGAAAAGAAAAUUGGAGUUGGCUGAAAAGUACAAGGAACUGCAGAAAUCGGGAAAAGUAGAGAAAUAUCUUGGAAAGAAGAGAAAAAAGACUGCCCAGAAAGAGAAGAAAAAGUUACCUGUUCAAGCACAUUAAUAAAAGUUGUUAUAUUUUUGUUACUCUAGUGUUUCAAGUGUCUUUUUCUGAAAAGAAGUGCUCAAAAUAUGUCUUGCAAAUCUCUCUUGAACUGAGCUCCAGGGAAACUUCUGAAUAUGUUACUGUCGUCUGUUGUAUGAAGUUAAUAGUUGAAAUAGAUGACUGCUUCUUUCAGGACUAAUUUAGAAGAAUAAAUUAGUGUAUUGCAUGA